UUUCAUCAACAUCACAACAACAAAUCAUCAAGAAAAACAUCACAACAACAAAAGAAAGAUUCUAAGCAUGGCUUUGGAAAGACUAUUGUGGCACCUUACCAUAACCCUUUCGGUUCUCAUCCUCUUCACCCCAAAUGCUAGUCUUGCCCAAAAAGGCACCAUGAAUGUAAUAGAUAAAUGUUGGAGAUCGAACACUCAAUGGCGGAGACACCGCCAUCAGCUCGCCACCUGCUCCAUCGGCUUUGCAGGCAAGAUGACCUACAAUACUGGAAAAGGUGUCGUACAAUACAAAGUCACGGAUCCAAGCGAUGAUCCUUUGAAACCCAAACCAGGGACUUUAAGAUAUGGUGCCACAUUGAUUCCAGGGAAAGUGUGGAUCACCUUCAAACGGGACAUGAACAUCAAACUCUCAAAGCCCUUACUGAUCAGCAGUUUCACCACCAUUGACGGCCGUGGCGUCAACGUUCAUAUUUCAGGUGGUUCAUGCCUCAUAGUGUACAAGGUAUUUACUUCUUAUCACUAUUCACUAUCAUUCUAUGUAUAUAGACAAUUAAACAUAUUGACAUUUUGCUAAUUGGUAUGUAUGAUUUUUGUAUGUGAUCAGCAAAGCAACAUUAUAAUCCAUGGCCUAAGAAUCCACCACUGCCAGCCCCAACCAACUAGCUCUGUCAUAGGACCAGAUUCAAAGAUUAUGCAGUUAGGUCAUGUUGAUGGAGAUGCAAUUAGGUUGGUCACAGCAACAAAGGUUUGGAUAGAUCACAAUACUCUUUAUAUGUGUCAUGAUGGUCUCCUUGAUGUCACUCGAGGGUCUACCGGUAUUACCAUCUCCAACAACUGGUUCAGAAACCAGGACAAAGUAAUGCUCCUCGGACAUGAUGAUGGCUAUGUGAGAGACAAAGGCAUGAAGGUGACUGUCGUGUUCAAUCAUUUUGGACCAAACUGCAACCAACGAAUGCCAAGGUAAUAGCUCAUUAC